AUGUCUGCAAACGGCGCAAACACCGGCAAGGCUCCCGCCCCCAAUCAUGGUCAUGGAGCACAUCAACCUCUGGUCAAUGUUCAGCCAUUUCAUAUGAGCGAUCUGCAGCCCAAAUACGCGCAUCAAAUCGAUCAUGAGGAUGAUAACCCCGAUUCGCAUGGCUGGUAUGCCGGUUUGAUCCACGGCCUGGGUGAAUGUAUCGGAUUCUUUGGAGCUAUUCCCUGCUGCAUCUGCUGCCCGAACCCCUUCAAGUCAGUCGACCAGGGUGCGGUCGGUUUGAUCUCGCGAUUCGGACGCUUCGAACGAUCGGUCGAUCCUGGUCUGGUCAAGAUCAACCCGCUUAGCGAACAUAUCACCACGGUCGAUGUCAAAAUUCAAAUCGUCGAGGUGCCGCGCCAAGUCUGCAUGACCAAGGACAACGUGACCCUCAACCUGACCUCCGUCAUCUACUACCAAGUAGUCUCUCCCCACAAGACCGCGUUCGGUAUCUCGAACGUGCGACAGGCCCUGAUCGAGCGCACCCAGACUACACUACGCCACGUGAUCGGCGCGCGUGUGUUGCAAGACGUGAUCGAGCGCCGCGAGGAGAUCGCUCAGUCGACUUCGGAGAUCAUCGAGGAGGUCGCAGCCGGGUGGGGAGUGAAGGUCGAGUCGAUGCUGAUCAAGGACAUAAUCUUCAGCAACGACCUGCAAGACUCUCUCUCGAUGGCGGCUCAGUCGAAGCGUAUCGGUGAGAGCAAGGUCAUUGCUGCGCGCGCCGAGGUCGAAUCCGCCAAGUUGAUGCGCCAGGCUGCCGACAUCCUGUCCUCCGCUCCGGCUAUGCAGAUCCGCUACCUCGAGGCGAUGCAGGCCAUGGCUAAGACCGCCAAUAGCAAGGUUAUAUUCCUUCCUGGCCCUGGCCAGCCCGGGCAGACGCAGCUUAGCACUGCCGAGAACUUUGGCGAAGGUCCUAGCAAGUACGGCACUAUCUCCCAGGACGAUAAUGGACUCCAGCAUGCAGUGAACGCUCGCGUUGUCGAGGACAUCUAG